AUGGUCGCCACGCGCAACCAUCCCAAGGACUUUGAGCCAGCACCGUCCGAACUGGCAGCAAAGCAAUCACCAAGCAAGCGAUCCCACUCGGGAUGGUCACACACGCCUUCCAACCUCACUUUGAUCUGGCUUGUCUUCAGCUUGCCGUUGGUGAUUUGGGAUACCGGCUAUGUCCUUUUACGACCGCACAGCAUGCCUGGCGGUGCUUUGCACUGGCCAAUCUGGCAACCGUACGCCUACUACGGUACAGUCGAUGGCGCAUAUGGGUUCAAGGCUAUCAGGGAGAACAACGGCUGGACCGCGGCGCAGGGAUGGGUCAAUCUACUGGAGACGGUGGCUUACUGUGUAUACCUGUACCUUGUGUAUGCGUAUGGUCAACAGGAAGCCACGCAAGGUCGUGGGGCGCCGGAGCAGGAUGCGCUGGGCAGCUUAAAAGCGCUUGCGGAAAGCAGGACGGUAUAUGGUCGGGAGGCUUCGUGGGCCGUGCUACUGGGCUACAGCACGGGUCUAGUGACCUUUUCGAAAACCGUUCUGUAUUGGAUGAUAGAAGCGUUCACUGGUUUCGACAAUAUUGGCCACAAUGACUGGUUCACGCUGAUUGUGUUGUGGGGUAUCAUGAAUGGCCUGUGGAUAGGCUUUCCGCUUUAUAUGAUGUAUGUCUUCGGCCAGGAGAUUUUACAAGGACUCGAAUCUGCUACAGAAGGUGGCAAGAAGGUUCGAUAA